AUGAUCCCCAGAGGAAUAGGAUUGUGGCUGCCUUCAGCUCUGCUCCUCUCUUGGGUGCCAGGCUCUGUCCCUUUGUGUGGCCACAGCAGUGUGACAGGUACUGUGGGGGAGUCCCUGAGCGUGACUUGUCAGUAUGAGGAAAGACUCAAGAUGAAUAAGAAAUACUGGUGCAGAGGGUCAUUUAUUCUAUUUUGCAAAGAUAUUGCCUAGACUGGAGGCUCAGAAGAAGCUAGAAAUGGCCGAGUGUCCAUCAGGGACCAUCCAGACAACCUCACCUUCACAGUGACCUUGCAGAGCCUCACCCUGGAGGAUGCAGGUACCUACAUAUGUGCGGUGGAUAUACCAUUGAUUGAUCUCUCCUUAGUUAUUGAUAAGUCCUUCAAGGUUGAAUUGUCUGUGGUCCCAGGUUGGAGCCCUGGGAGCAGUAAAAAAAUUCUGGAGCCCACCAGAUCCUCACCGGUUGACACUCAGCCCGGCGUGACCACAAAUGACACAAUUCCUGCUCCCAGCCCACGGUACAUUCUGGGCAGCCUCUACUUACACAUCCUGGUGUUUCUGGAGUUGCCCCUGUUCCUGUGCAUGCUCAGUGCCGUCCUGUGGGUGAACAGGCCUCAGAGGUGGUCUGGGAGACAAGGCAUUCAGCCCUAUUAUGAGAACCAGUGAAGUCUGUUGACAUGGAGGCCCUGUCCCUGGAUGCAUCACUCUGGUGGCCAAGGACAACCAGUAAACCUGUGUUCUUGA